AUGGAUUUUUUAAAUUCAUCAGAUCAAAACUUGACCUCAGGGGAACGCUUAAACCGAAUGCCAUCCAAAAUUUUGGUAUCCCUCACUCUGUCCGGGCUGGCACUGAUGACCACCACUAUCAACUCCCUCGUGAUUGCUGCAAUCAUUGUGACUCGGAAGCUGCACCACCCAGCCAACUAUUUAAUUUGUUCCCUGGCAGUUACAGAUUUUCUUGUAGCUGUCCUGGUGAUGCCCUUCAGUAUUGUGUACAUUGUGAAAGAAAGAUGGAUUAUGGGACCAAUACUCUGUGACAUUUGGCUGAGCAUUGACAUCAUCUGUUGUACUUGUUCCAUCUUGCAUCUAUCGGUGAUAGCCUUGGAUAGGUACCGAGCAAUCACAGAUGCUGUUGAAUAUGCCAGGAAGAGGACUCCCAAGAACGCUGGCAUCAUGAUUACAAUAGUGUGGGUUAUAUCUGUGUUCAUCUCUAUGCCUCCUCUCUUCUGGAGGCAACAAGGAACUAGCCGUGUUAAUGAAUGCGUCAUCAAGCACGACCACAUUGCUUCCACAAUUUACUCCACGUUUGGAGCUUUCUACAUCCCACUCGUAUUGAUAUUGAUCCUCUAUUACAAAAUAUACAGGGCAGCAAGGACACUGUACCACAAGCGACAAGCAAGCCGCAUGAUGAAGGAGGAGCUGAAUGGCCAAGUCCUUUUGGAGAGUGGUGAGAAGAGCAUUAAACUGGUCUCCGCAUCAUAUAUGCUAGAGAAAUCCUUAUCUGAUCCAUCAACAGACUUCGACAGAAUCCAAAGCACAGUGAAAAGUCCCAGGUCGGAGUUGAAGCAUGAGAAAUCUUGGAGGAGACAGAAAAUCUCAGGCACUAGGGAACGCAAGGCAGCCACUACCCUGGGCUUGAUCUUGGGUGCAUUUGUAAUAUGUUGGCUGCCCUUUUUCGUAAAAGAACUGGUUGUUAAUGUCUGUGACAAAUGUAAACUCUCUGAUGAAGUGUCAAAUUUUUUGACAUGGCUUGGUUACCUGAAUUCCCUUAUAAAUCCACUGAUUUAUACAAUUUUCAACGAAGACUUCAAGAAAGCCUUCCAAAAACUUGUACGAUGUCGAUGUUAG